CGCCGUUUUCGGACUUGGUUUUCUUCCCUCUGCGCCUCGUCGCCGCGGAACGAUCCAGGAAGAAACAACCUCGCGAUAUCGAAUUUCUCGUGCAUCACGAAUUGAUGGUAUCGCACACGUACAAGUGGAUCCCGCAAAAUGGACGAGCAGACCAAGGGUAAUAGCGUAUCGUCGCUGCAAUGGCCGGAUUAUCUUGUCAUCGGUGUAAUGCUGUCGAUCUCGGCCAGCAUCGGGAUCUACUACCGAUUCACCGGCGGCAGACAACGAACAGUCGAGGAAUACUUCUCGGCCGAUCGUUCGAUGAGCACCGUGACACUUGCGAUCGCUCUGACGGUCUCUAUCGUGUCGGCGGUCUCGUUGCUCGGAGUCAGCGCAGAAAAUUACGCCCACGGCACACAAUUCACGCUGGUGUACUUCGGAUUUUUAUUCGGUGCACCGAUCACCAUAUUUUUCUACUUUCCAGUAUUCAUCGAACUGAAAACCAUGAGCGUCUACGAGUAUCUGGAGAAACGGUUCGGAGUUAAAGCCCGAUUGUUGACGAGCCUCGCGAACUCCCUGCAUCUGGUGCUGUUCACGGGAGUAGUUCUCUUCGCGCCAUCAUUGGCUCUGGAGGCGACGACUGGUCUGUCCGGCAACAUGAGCGUCCUUGCAAUCGGCAUUAUCUGCACCUUCUACUCGACCAUAGGUGGUAUCAAGGCUGUAUUGAUCACAGACGUGUUCCAGUGUAUGCUGAUGUUCGGUGGGAUCGCUUGCGUCCUCGGCGUAGCGGCCAACGAGCUCGACGGAGGCUUGUCCAACGUGUGGAACAUCGCUCAAAAGGGCGAACGAAUCGAAUUCUUCAAUUUCAGGUUUGAUCCGACGAUACGGCACACGUGGUGGAGCAUGAUGUUCGGCGGCAUCGCCCUUUUCUUGUCCUAUAACGCCGUGAACCAGAUUCAAGUGCAACGUUUACUCGCCGCUAAGAGCGUGAGGGUGUCGCGGAACGCGCUCUUGUUGAGCACUCCUAUGACUAUGGGUUUGGGUAUUCUGACAUCGUACACUGGCCUAGUCCUUUACACCGUUUACAAGGACUGCGAUCCGGUAACAGCCGGCCAGAUCUCGUCGUUCGAUAAGAUAAUGCCGUUCUUCGCGGCCGAAAAGAUGUCCAAAUUCCCAGGAACGAUCGGUGUCUUCGUCUCGGGAGUGUUCAGCGCCACUCUCAGUACCAUCUCCGCCGUAUUAAAUUCCCUAGCCGCGGUGGCGUUGGAGGAUUACGUGAAACCCGCGUGUCGCCGGUUGGGGGUACAUUUUCCGGAUGAAAAAGCAACCCUGAUCGGCAAGGUGCUCGCCGUAAUGAUCGGUUUCAUUUCCUUGGCCAUGGCGUAUUUGGCCAAAUCGAUGGGAGGGCUGGUCGAGACGGCGCUAGGCGUUUCUGGAGCGAUAGCUGGCCCCGUUGUCGGAAUCUUCACGCUAGGGAUGUUCAUCGAGAGCGCGAACGAGACCGGUUCAUUAGUGGGAAUGAUUACCGCGCUCUCCGUCACUCUCUGGGCAAUGUUUGGAAAGAGCAAGCCAAUUAUACCGAAUCUUCCGCUAUCCAUUGACGGAUGCGACGAAUCUGCACUGCACAAUUACCAAAAAGUUUCGGAAUCCACCAACGCCACGGAAACGUCUCCGGAGUUCUACCUGUACCGUAUCUCGUACAUGUGGUACAGUCCCUUGGGGUUGGUCAUCACCCUGAUCGUCGGAUAUAUAAUGAGCCUGGCCACGAAGAGGAUAUUCCACAAGAAUACGCCCGAACCGGAUCCCAAUUUGUUCAUUCCCCUCCUGGCGUCCAGAAUCAGGCGUCGAAGACGGGACGCCGAAAAGACUACGAACAGUCAGCUGUUCGUGUUGGAGAAUCGAAGAUAAAACGAAUAAUCGAACCGACGAUGAGUUUAUACGAAGCACGCUGGGUCGCUAAACCGAUUCUACGCUGAACGUACGCGUAGAUAUUUUGGUGGAAAAUUUGCUUCAAGACCCCGGAGUCCGAUGGUGUUCAUCAGUUUAGGGUUGCGCGUUAGUAUUUUAAUCCCCAUCGAAGUUGGAGAAAGUGACCAUAAGCGAUAUUCAACGCUCGCCUCAAGUAUUUUCUGAACGCUAUAUCUCUAUUAAGCAUAUUAUUAUGUAGAUAACGAAUAAAUUUGUAUCUAUAUAGAACAUUCAUACGGAUGAAAGUUUACUCCAAUAAACGACGAAACUAACUUUCACGCGCACGCAAAUGUGCGUUAUGUUGUAUUUAGUGUGCAGAAAAAUAUGAUAUAUAUUAUGCAGUGAUUAUACGAAUGCCACACGCACAACAUAAAGAUACCAUACGCAUCGCUAGAAUAUCAAUCGAGGCAUUAUCAUACACCACACAAAUACACGCAUCAGUAAAAGAUAGUUUUAUCAGAUACGUUCUGAAUAAAUAUCGAAUUAAUUUUUAAUAAUAAACACU